GUUUAUAAGUCAUGGCAUGUACAAAUACAACAAUGCUAUUGUAGUGUGGAUUUGCGUGAUGCAACUAGGCUCUUCAACACACCACACCACACCAACAUCGAGCGCGUCGAGUCGAAUCCAAUCCACUCCACUCCACCCCGCGAUCUCCUCUCCUCUCGUCUCCGGCGAAGACGACGUGAUGCCACCCAGCGCCGCCGCCGCAGCCGCGAUGGCGCAGUCGCCGCGCAGCCUCCACACGCUGAUCAGCUUCGGCCGCGGCGCCGACGGCGUCGACGACGAUGAGGCCACGCCCGCGUCGGUCGACGUUGGUGACGCGGAGGGCGCCGGGCUCGACCUCGACUUCGCGUUCGCGCCGCCGGUGUCGGCGGCCGAGCUGGCGCCGGCCGACGACAUCUUCGCGCACGGCCGCAUCGUGCCGGCGUACCCGGUGUUCGACCGCAGCCUCCUCGACCUCUCGCCCGGCGACGCCUCCACGGCGGCGCCCUCCGCCGACACCUACUGCGCGUGGACGCCGCGCUCGGCGCCGGGCUCGCCCGGCCGCGACAGGUUCCCCAAGAGCGCGUCCACCGGCGGAGAGUCGUCGUCGUCAUCGCGGCGCUGGCGCCUGCGCGACCUCGUCGGCGCCGGCGGCCGCUCCCGCAGCGACGGCAAGGACAAGUUCGCCUUCCUGCACCACCACGCCGCCGCGCCGCCAUCAUCCAAACUGAAGACUCCUCCUCCCCCUCAACAACCACAGCAGAAGAAGCAGAGCGCCGUGAAGACGAAGCCGGCGGCGAAGAAGGGCGUGGUCACCGAGAUGGACAUGGCCACCGCGCACAGGCUCUUCUACAGCAAGGCCAGCGCCGGCGGCGACCGGCGGCCGCAGCAAGCCUCGUACCUGACGUACCGACCGGCGUUCAGCGGCCUCUUCGCGCUCGGCCGGUCGCAACACCACACCGCCUAUUAGUUUAAUCACUUGGUCAAUAACCAAACCAACUGAUUACUAGUGGUAGUUGUUGUUAAAUUAAUUGUUUUGUUGUAAAAGUGUUCAAAAUUUUCGGCGAAAUUCGAGUCGAGAUUUCUCGUUUGUACUAGAACCUUAUCAUGUACAUAAAUGGAAAAAGAGAGGAAUGAAAUUUGAGAGAUGAUUUUGUCUCA